ACUAGGCUAUUGCCUCCCUUUACUGCAGAAAACGUACCAACAGUGGUCAAUCAACCAUUUGUUAAAUCUACGACACACAAUGUUGAUAUAUUAUAUCAACUGAGCACAGAAAGGGUGUCAACAAAUCCCCGUAGAAGGCAAGCAGCAGGUUGGCAGCUGAAGUGCGCCAGUUUGUCUGGAUUUCCAAUGGAUAUGUUCACUUGACUGCGCGGUUGAGUCUGGGAGCGCAGUCGCUCGCUAGGAACACAUCCAUGUGAUUGAAUUCCACCUACCUUCACUUGGUCGAAAGAAACGAACGAACGAGGAAUACGAUUGACUAGCUUAUAUCGGUGCGACUGUCAGAAUUGAUUACCAAUGGUCAAUACUACAGAACCAAUUCGUAUACGCCACCUGAGAAUUGACUGCAACUUUCAGUGUUAUUCCUUGAAGUAGCAUCUCCAAGAAGAUUGCUCUGCGACCAAAAGGAUAUAGCUAGCAGUCAAGACGAAAUCCUUCAAGAAUCCUUGCGCCGGCCGUCAGUGCGCGCGUGCUUUUGGAAACAUGGGUUGUACAUUAAGUGCAGAAGAUAAAGCGGCCGCGGAGAGAUCAAAGAUGAUUGAUAAAAAUCUCCGCGAGGAUGGAGAGAAGGCGGCAAGGGAGGUGAAACUGCUCUUACUAGGUGCCGGGGAGUCUGGGAAAAGCACCAUCGUCAAGCAGAUGAAGAUCAUCCAUGAGGAUGGCUACUCAGAAGACGAGUGUAAGCAGUACAGAGCUGUGGUCUACAGCAACACCAUCCAGUCCAUCAUGGCUAUUAUCAAGGCCAUGGGCAACCUCAAGAUUGACUACACAGAGGCCUCCAGAGAGGACGAUGCCCGCCAGCUCUUUGCCCUGUCGGCUGCUGCUGAGGCGCAGGGCAUCCUGCCCGACGACCUGUCCAAAGUGAUCCGCCGCCUGUGGGCCGACAGUGGGGUGCAAGGCUGCUUCACGCGCUCCCGGGAGUACCAGCUCAACGACUCAGCCGCAUACUACCUGAACGAAAUGGAGAGGAUAGCCAAAUCAGACUACAUCCCCACACAGCAGGACGUGCUGCGGACCAGAGUGAAGACCACCGGCAUCGUGGAGACACACUUCACCUUCAAGGACCUGCACUUCAAGAUGUUUGACGUGGGCGGCCAGCGCUCAGAGAGGAAGAAAUGGAUCCACUGCUUUGAAGGAGUCACAGCCAUCAUCUUCUGUGUGGCGCUGAGUGCUUAUGACCUGGUGCUGGCUGAGGAUGAGGAGAUGAACCGGAUGCAUGAGAGCAUGAAGCUGUUUGACUCCAUCUGCAACAACAAGUGGUUCACAGAGACCUCCAUCAUCCUCUUCCUCAACAAGAAGGAUCUGUUUGAGGAGAAGAUUACACGCAGCCCCCUGGCUAUCUGCUACCCCGAGUACACAGGAGCCAACAAAUAUGAUGAGGCAGCCAGUUACAUCCAGACCAAGUUUGAGGACUUGAACAAGAAGAAGGACACCAAGGAGAUCUAUACCCACUUCACCUGUGCCACCGACACCAAGAACGUCCAGUUUGUCUUUGACGCCGUCACCGACGUCAUCAUUAAGAACAACCUGAAGGACUGUGGUCUCUUUUAGAGGCAGGGCCAGAGGAGGCGGGCCAGAGGAGGAGUUAAGGGGUACAGCCCAGAGAGCCUGCUGCCUGGAGGAAAGAGAGAGAGAGUGGGCAGACACACCUCCAUCACAGACACACUGUACUGGCACUUUUCUACAUGGAAACAAACAUAACAGACUGAGAUGUUGGGGGAAAAAGCCUUGCAGAAUUAUUCCAACAAUCACUGAUUCUCAACCGUCAUGUCCUCCUCUCCCGGUUGUGUUUUUGUUUAUUUUCUUUGUAUGUUAGAUAUUUCAUUUGAUAGGUGUCUCUUUUAUUAGUGAUAUCUGGCAAGUCUAAAUUUGAUCUCAGAUGUAUAAUUUUUCGCUUGUAUCUUUAUUGUUUAUAACUACUAUCAGAGGUUAGAAAUGCAUUCACUUUACUUUAACAGAUGUCUGCAUUUUAUGAAACUUUAAAUUGCAUUAAGCUUAUUUUUCUACAGGGAAACAAGCAUGGAGAGAAAACAAAUUGUGAGGAAUUUUUUGGGGGAUAUUGUUUACAUAAUGCCAACAAGGUUUGGGAUCAAUUUCAUUUAAAUUCCAUUCAAUUCAGAAUGGAAACCAAAUUCCAAUUUCUAAUUUUCUUCAUUGAAAACCAGUGAAGAGAAUUGGAAUUUCAAUGUACUUCCUGAAUUGACUGGAAUUUAAAUAAAAUUGACCCCAACCGUGAUGCCAACAUUCUUCGCUGUAUAAUAUUGCUUAUUGUUCUGCAUGACUGUCCAUAGAUGAUCAUAGCUGUAUUUCUGUAAUUCUCACAAACAAUGUAACAUUCCUUUAGAAAAUAAUAACAAAAAGUUAAGAAAAAAGUAUCAAUUUUGAAGAUAAAAGAUUUUUAAACAAUAUUUAAUAUACAUGUGCUUUCCUAACAUUAUUUGUUUUUCUUUCUGUUUUUUCUGUUUCAACCCAUGUCUUUUGCAGUAUGUUUGUGCCUUGAUAUCUGUUACUUGUAGAGACUUGCUUUCUCCAUAGUGUGAAUUAGGGCUAUUUCUACUCCCAUACUAUUCCCAUGACUGAUCAAGUGGUAAAAUAUAGAUCACAAUAAUGGCACAGAAAUUAACAAUGAUAGUCUUUUGGUAAAUAUUAAAAUGGUUUAAAUGUCCUACUAUUGUUUAAUUUAAAUAAAGUUUUAAUUUAAUUAAAGUCAGUUUCCAUCCUC